AAUAAAUCAACGGACUUGAUUAGAUGGCUAUUCUGACAAAGCAAUCUCAUUUGCGGCUCAACUCCUAAAACUCCCGGUAGUUCUCUGUUCCCGACUUCCCUCAUUCCCGCCUCCCCUCCCAGAUCCGAUCCUUCCCCGGCGGUCGCCGGAGCACCGCCAUGGCGCUCAGCCUCAGAAAGAAGCAGCUCGAUUUGAUCACGCGGAUGCUUCACCUGCACCAGCAGCAGUCGUCGCCCGACGGCGGGGGCGAUGGGGAGGAGGAGGCGUACAAGAUCCUAGUGAUGGACGGCCCCUGCAUCUCGCUCCUCUCGCCGGUGCUCCGCGUCGGCGACCUCCGCAGGCACGGUGUCACCCUCCUCCUCAACAUCGACAAGGCGCGGCAGCAGGUCGCCGACGCCCCCGCGGUCUACCUCGUUCGCCCCACGCCCGCGAACGCCGACCGCAUUGCCGCCGACGCUGCCGCGGGGCUCUACGCCUCGUUCCACAUCAACUUCUCCACAUCCGUCCCGCGGCCCGUCCUCGAGCGCCUUGCCUCCGCCACCGCCUCCUCCCGCUCGGCGCACCGCGUGGCGCGCGUUGCCGACCAGUACCUCGACUUCAUCUGCCUCGAGGACGGCCUCUUCUCCCUCGCCCAGCCGCGCGCCUAUGUCGCCCUGAACGACCCCGCUGCUGCCGACGCAGACAUCACCGCGCUCGUCGACGCCAUCGCUCUGGGCCUCUUCUGCGUGGUGGCCACGCUCGGCUCCGUGCCUAUCAUCAGGUGUGCAAGCGGUGGGCCGGCCGAGAUGGUCGCGGCCGCGCUGGACGCCCGCCUUCGGGAUCACCUCCUCGCCAAGCCAAACCUCUUCACAGAGGCCGCGUCCAGCGCUGCCUCAUCGUUCCAGCGUCCGGUCCUAUGCCUGUUCGACAGGAAUUUCGAGUUGUCAGUAGGGAUACAGCACGAUUGGAGCUACCGGCCUUUGGUCCACGAUGUUCUCAGCUUGAAGCUGAACAAGUUGAAGUUGCCAGCGGAGAAGUACGAUUUGGAUGAUUCCGACCCAUUUUGGGUGGCAAACAGCUGGUCGCCAUUCCCCAAAGUGGCUGAGGAAAUAGAGGCGCAGCUCGCCAAGUACAAGCAGGAUGUAGACGAGGUGAACCAGCGCACUGGUGGUGGAAGGGAUGGGGUUGAGUUUGAUGGCACAGAUCUUAUUGGCAACACCAAGCAUCUCAUGAAUGCGGUGAACUCGCUCCCAGAGCUGACAGAACGGAAGAAGAUGAUUGAUAAGCACACAAAUAUUGCAACUGCAUUACUUGGGCAUAUUAAGGAGAGGUCUCUGGAUGGAUAUUACGAGUGCGAGAAUGGUAUGCUUGUGAAUGGUAUUGUGGAUCGGAACAUGCUGCUGAGCCUCCUCAGAGGGAAGGGUACCAAGGAGGAUAAGCUCCGGCUGGCCGUGACUUAUUUGCUGUCCUUUGAGGCACCACCACCAUCUGAACUUGAGCAGGUUGAGGCCGCGCUGCGGGAGUCAGAAGUGGACAUGUCUGCAUUCCAGUAUGUGAAGAGGAUAAAGUCGUUGAACACGCAGUUUGCUGCUGCAUCAAGCACCGCAAGCAGGAGCAACAUUGUUGAUUGGGCGGAGAAGCUUUACGGACAGUCCAUUAGUGCUGUGACGGCAGGUGUGAAGAAUCUCUUGUCAGAUGUGAGGCAGCUCGCUCUGGCAAGGACAAUUGAAGCCCUGAUGGAAGGGAAACCAAACCCAGAGGUUGACAACUACCUAUUGUUUGAUCCACGGGCCCCUAGAUCUGGAACUGGUGGGCAGUUUAGAGGACUCUUCAGAGAAGCAAUUGUUUUCAUGAUUGGUGGUGGCAAUUACAUCGAGUACAGGAGCUUGAUCGAACUAGGGCAACAGUCACAGCCUUCCAAACAUGUCAUUUAUGGAGCAACAGAGAUUCUUAACGGGGUGGAGUUUAUUCAGCAACUCGCUGAAUUGGGGCAGAAAGCAGGGUUGGGUGGUGGCAGCAACAACCUUUCUCAGUGAUAUUCUUCUUUAGUUGUAUUUAGCUAUAUGUACUUAUUUUACUCUGUUCUGUGAUAUUAAGGUUUACAGCAACCCACGGUGGUGUUGCACAUAUCUUCUAGAUGCAUCUGAUCCCUUGCUUGUAAUUGGGAAAUUAUUCAUAGAAGAAACUUAACACUGAACUGCAAUCAGAUAAGGCAUAACAUUUCAAUAUCAGGCCUAAAGUUAAAUGUUUGUUCUCAGCUAA